GGCAUGAUAUCUUAAAGGAAGUAAUGAGGUCAAGGGUUCAGUCUUUAUUUUAGUUGAUUAGAAAUAAAUAAAUAUGUAAACAAAUAAAUAUAAUUUAGUUAAAAAAGGCUUGGAUAUAUUUGAAGUGAAUUUCUUAUCAAGUUAAAAUACCCCUCAAACACUUUUUCUUAUUUGUCAAUUACCUAAAACACUUUGUAUUUUUUUAAAAGGGGAUAACUUGCAUUAGAAAUUCAAACAUAAAAUGAGUCGUCAGCAGCACGACAAGAAAAGACGAGGGAGGAUAAAAUUUAAUGCAACAAGGAAAACCAAGUAAUAAAUUCCUUCACUCCCCCAAUAGAAACAGAAAAAAAAAAUGAAUAUCAAUCAACUCUGAAAUGCCUUAAUCCAAAGCUGUUUGGUGUGGUUGCAGGAAUUCUGUUUGACAAUCCUACUGCUAAAAUUAGAUGCAUUAUCAGUGCCUCACCCUAUGACCUUCAUGCUAUUCUUCUCUCCCCGCAUUACACUCUAAAAUCUUGUUACUCUUUUUUCUUUUUCUUGUUUUGGUAAGAAAGUAAGAAUGUAAAAAUGGAUCAAUGAAUACAAAAAUUAUUGUGUAAUGACACCCUUAAAUCAUAUUACUCCUUACUGGUGCAGCGUCAGAAGGUUGUUAAACAUUGCAAGACAAUUAUUGCAUGUUGUUCAACAUUCCAAAACAGCCUCAACGUACUUGCAGGCUAUUCACCAAAUAAAGAAAACCAAGAAAAGGUCUUGGAGGGUUUCUCUUGCUAAUGGAGGUUAUCUUGUGAUUGAGCAAACUGAGGCAUUAGUCUCUAUUGAUGUGAAUGGUGGACAAUGCAUGCUUGGUCAGGGAACAUCACAAGAGAAAGCCAUUCUCGAUGUCAACCUUGCCGCUGCCAAACAAAUUGCUAGAGAAUUACGGCUGAGAGAUAUUGGUGGCAUUAUUGUGGUAGAUUUCAUUGAUAUGGUGGAUGAUGUGAAUAAGAGACUGGUAUAUGAAGAAGUUAAAAAGGCUGUGGAGAGAGAUCGAUCAACUGUGAAAGUCUCUGAAUUGUCUAGGCAUGGCCUUAUGGAAAUCACCAGAAAGAGGGUUAGACCUAGCGUGACAUUUAUGAUUAGUGAACCAUGCAAUUGCUGUCAUGCUACUGGAAGAGUGGAAGCUUUGGAGACCUCAUUUUCCAAAAUCGAGCAUGAAAUUUGCCGGCUGCUUGUGAGUAAUUUCUCUGGUUUCAAGGAAUUUAUCACUUCAUUUGUUAUAUGACUUUGAAAUAUGAAG